AUGGCACCUAAGAAGAAGAAGGAGAUAGAUCAAGAUGAAAGGUUUCAAGCCAUUGUGCUUACUGAUUCCUUCAUGACCAGAUUCAUGCCUUUAACCUCCAAGACCCCCAGAUGUCUUUUACCGUUAGCCAAUGUUCCUUUAAUUGAAUAUACUUUGGAAUUUUUAGCUAAAGCGGGCGUAAAUGAAGUGUAUAUAAUGUGUUCAUCCCAUGCUGAUCAAAUCCAGCAAUACAUUAAGAAUUCCAAGUGGCAAUCUGACGAUGUUGAUAGUCCAUUCACUGUGACGACGAUUUUAUCAUUAGAAUCCAAAUCUGUUGGUGAUACUAUGAGAGAUUUAGAUAAUAGAGGAUUAAUUACUGGUGAUUUCUUAUUAAUCAGUGGUGAUAUUGUCAGUAACAUUAACUUUGAAAAAGCUUUAGAGUUCCACAAAUUCAAUAAAGCUAAUGAUAAAGAACAUAUUUUAACUAUGUGUCUUACCAAUGCUUCACCUUAUCAUAGAACAAGAACUCAAAUCGAUAGUGCAGUGUUUUUAUUGGAUAAACCAACUAACAAAUGUAUUUAUUAUCAAAGUAUACCUUCAUCGAAUUUACCCCAAACGUCUAUCAACUUGGAUUUAGAAUUAUUAGAAGAUAUUGAUGAUGAAAUUUUAGUUAGAAAUGAUUUAAUUGAUUGUCAUAUCGAUAUUUGUUCACCUUUAGUACCCCAAAUUUUCCAAGAUAACUUCGAUUAUCAAUUAUUAAGAUCAGAUUUCGUCAAAGGGGUUUUAACCUCAGAUUUAGUCAAGAAAACCAUCUAUGCUUAUAUCACCAAUGAAUAUGCCUCCAGAGUAUCAUCUUUCCAAAAUUAUGAUGCUAUAUCCCAAGAUAUCUUGAGUAGAUGGUCAUAUCCAAUGGUUCCGGAUUCAAAUUUCAAUUUAACGUCCUAUAGUUAUGAAACUAACCAUAUUUAUAAAGAAGAUAAAAUCUUAUUGGCGCAAUCUUGUAAGAUUGGAGACUGUGUUUGUAUUGGAUCCAAUUCUAAAAUCGAUGAAGGAUCAUCAAUUAUCAAAUCAACCAUCGGAAGAAAUGUUGUUAUAGGCAAGAAUGUUAAAAUAUCCAAUAGUUAUAUUUGGGACAAUGUCAAGAUUGAUGAUGACUCAGUAAUAGAAAAUUCUAUCAUUGCUAACAAUUGUCAAAUAAGUACCAACACUAGAAUCUAUAAAUGUGUUCUUGGAUACGAUGUUAAAGUUGCUAGUGAUAAGACUUUGAAUUUCGUUAGAAUCAUCGAUAAACCUAUUGAAAGAGUUAAUGAUUUCGAAUUCAGUGAUGAUGAAGAAGAUUCACAAACCCAGCAAUCACAAGGAUUCUCUAUUAAAGAAAGUGAAGAUUUAGUUGGCAAAAAUGGGGUGGGACAUGUUUACAUAAGUGAGGUAGAAAGUGACAGUGAAAUCGAUGAAGAUGAAAAAUCAUUACAUAAAAUUGGACAUAAUUUCAGAAUGCUUAACUUAUCUGACGAUUCAAUUGAAUCAGUGACAAAGAAGAGAAGAAAGAAGACUAGAAGGUUUUCCACCAAUUCGGUUGUUUCUACCGAUUUUGAAGUUUUAAGUGAUGAAGAUGAAGAAGAAGAUUUCAAUAAAGAAGCCAUUGAUACUAUCACCAGAUCCAUUGAAAACAACCAUGAUCUUGAUACUGCAUUAUUAGAAUUAAACACUUUGAGAAUGUCAAUGAAUGUCACUUAUCAUGAAGUUAGAUUAGCUACAGUUGAAUCAUUGAUCAAAAGAGUAUUACAUUUUAUUACCACCAAAACUCUUGAACCUAAAGAUGCAUUGAUCAAAGUAUUCAAUUCCUGGGGGAUGUUAUUCAAACGUCAAAUCUUUGAAUUAAACGAUCAAAUAGAUUUACUUUUCACCCUUCAAAACGUUACCUCCAAUUUAGAUAAAGCUUAUAAUCAAAUCCUUUUAUUCUGGAGUAUUCAAAUCUUAUAUCAGUUAGAUAUCAUUGAAGAAGAAAUGAUCUUCAAAUGGUGGGACAGUGAAGAAAGUGUGGAAACUGAUAAGUUAAUCAAUGUAAGAGGAUUAACUGAGAAAUUCAUCGUAUGGUUGAAAGAAGCUGAGGAAGAAAGUGAUGAAGAUUAA